GCUAUGAAUACUGAAUUGCAAAUGCAAAAAGUCAAACAAGCUCUUGAACAAAUUCGUCAAGAAAAGACUAUUGCUAAGCAAUCGGAAGAACACUCCAUCUUGGAUGAAAAGGAAAAAUAA